GAGAGGCACGGAACGAGAGGCAUAGAGGGGAGGAAGGGGAGAGGGAUUCAGAGAAGAGGGAGAGAGGGUGGCGACCAGAGAAUCCUCCAACGCGAUAUUUUAUUACGAGGCGGCCAUCGCCAGGUCAGGAUGACUUUGCUGGCCUUUCUCCUGUGCCUUGCACUCGCGAUGCGGGCACACGCAAGUGAUGGAGGGGAUGCCCAGGACAAAAUCACGGUUUUCACAAAAAUCCUGGAUGGACUCCUCAAAGGAUACGACAAUCGUCUGAGACCUGGCCUCGGUGAUGGGGUCACGGAGGUAAAGACGAACGUCUACGUAACGAGUUUCGGACCGGUGUCCGACACGGACAUGGAGUAUACGGUGGACGUAUUCUUCAGACAGACCUGGAAAGAUGAGCGCCUCAAGUUCACCGGCCCCAUGAAAAUGCUGCCCGUCAACAACAUGAUGGCCUCGCGCAUCUGGACGCCCGACACGUUCUUCCACAAUGGCAAGAAGUCGGUGGCUCACAACAUCACGACUCCCAACAAGCUGGUCCGCAUCAUGGAAGACGGCACACUGCUCUACACCAUGAGGCUCACCGUUCACGCCGAGUGUCCCAUGUCCCUCACCGACUUCCCGAUGGACAUGCACGUGUGCCCACUCAAGUUUGGGAGCUAUGCGUACCCAAUCUCGGAGGUGCGCUACGAGUGGACCAAUGGCAGCAACAACUCGGUGAACGUGGCGUCCGAUGGCUCCCGGCUCAACCAGUACCACCUCUACAAGCAGACGGUCGGCAACGAGACCAAGAGGACGAGCACAGGUGAGUACACGGUCAUGGUCAUCGACUUCCACUUGCAGCGGAAGAUUGGGUACUUUGUCAUCCAGACGUACCUGCCCUGCAUCAUGACAGUCAUUCUGUCCCAGGUGUCAUUUUGGCUCAACCGAGAAUCCGUCCCAGCCAGAACGGUCUUUGGCGUGACGACGGUGCUGACGAUGACGACGCUGAGCAUCAGCGCACGCUCGUCGCUGCCUAAGGUGGCGUACGCCACGGCCAUGGAUUGGUUCAUCGCUGUGUGCUACGCCUUCGUCUUCUCAGCGCUCAUCGAGUUCGCCACCGUCAACUACUUCACCAAGCGGGCCUGGGCCUGGGAUGGAAAGCACGCGCCGCCUGCUAAGAAGAAGGAGCGCCCUCUGCCGCUGUCCAUGGGACGCAAGCGUCACCACGCCAUGAUGCGUGCCCUGGAGGGGGGAGCCCCCCUCUACCCGCGCACCACUACGCUGGGUCACCAGUCCCGCGGCUCGCACUACCCGCACACCACAGCCCUUGGUGCCGUACUCACGGGCAAGGCGGCUAUGCAGGGGGUCACGGGGGGCUUCUCGUCAGGGGUUUACGCCCCCCCCCGCGAGGGCCAGGCCGUGCUCCGAGGCGUAGGCGGUGGGGUACCCCUGCACCUGGGCGGGGGGUGUGUGGCCGCCGAAGGUGGUGCCCACCCCCCCGUGAUGCCGGCGUGCUCGACGCCGCGGCCCCUGCGCACCUACAACAGCGUGAGCCGCAUCGACAAGCUGUCCCGCGUCGUCUUUCCCAUCCUCUUCGCCAUCUUUAACCUCGUCUACUGGGCCACCUACCUCAACCGCAAGAAGCAGCCCGGGUAGGGAGGGUAAAGGGGGCGUAUGGCACCCCGCGCCGAGGGUGCGGAGGGACGUAGCGCACGCUGCCACACACGUCACAGAUACAAAGUUUAGGAUUAUCCGAGGGAAAAAAAUGGAUUUGGAUUGAUAACAAAAAUGACUUUUGGCGGCACAAGAAGUGACAUUACCUCCUGUGAGGCCACUGACAUCCUUUUCCUACGUGACUUUACUUUUACCAUAUGUGGUGUUGCUUAACUUAUGAACAUAUACAAAUGUUUGAACUCAAAUUAUCAUUCUAAUGGAACUUUAUGUUCAAAAUUUUUAUUCAAUUAUAAAUAUUUAAUACUAUUAAUUUAAACCCGAAAUUAUAAAAUAAAAUCUGAAAUAAAGUAAAAAAAAUCUGAUAACCGAAUAAAUUAAAUCCAAAACUCAUCCCUAAUAAUCCAUCAAGGGUUGGGAACCUUCUGCUGAGGGCCAGAUAGACAUUUUAAUACCGUUUAGCGGCCGUACGUUAACACACACCUCACCUAAUAACAAUGAGACAAAUAAUACGUGUGUUGCCGAGUCUGAACGUGCUAAAGUGACCGAACGUGCAAAAAUUAUAAACACUGUGUUGCCAGGGAUAAAACAUUCCCCGCUAGUGGCUGAUUAGUACGGCUAAACUUAUUGCAUUGACUGAUAAAUAUUGUUUGCUAGUCGUUUCGAAGUGGUGCGCCUCACGUGGCCAUGGCCCAAAUAAAAUGGAGUCGAGGCCUGUGUGUGGCCUGCGUGCCAUAGGCUACCCAACUUUUUAUAUACAUAUGGUAUGUACAGGAUAACUUUGUAGGACCUGCAUAGUUGUGACAACAUAGAUUUUGGAAACUAAUGCCCGCAUAUUUAGAAUAAAAAAAGCUGCCGCCAAGCGCAAACAAAAGCAGAAGGAGACAAAUUGGAGGUUGUAUAUUUCUCACAACGUGUUUCAACUGCCGGACUGCAGUACACACAGCCUCUGCAGUCUUCGUUAGGAGUUUUAGUUUCCUGCACAGUGCACUGACUGCAAUUUAAAUGUAAUUAAAACUUUGUGCCCGUGGUACACCAUGAGAAAGGGCCAAGAAUAAAAUGUUUGGAAUCAGAAAAAAGAACGGGAAAGGGAAGAGAUGCUGGGACGGAAGUCCUCAAGACGGACAAAGAUGGGCACGGCUCGAGAUGAGCAGCAGGAAGAAAUAAGGAGCACCGGGCCAGAAGUGGAGAAGGCUUGACCGAGCCAAGAUUUCAGGAAUGAAAAGGGGAGGGAACAGAGGGAGAGAAAAGACGAAUCAGAAGUGAGCUGCACGGAGUAGCAUCUGUUUUCACAGGGGGCGGUGGAGGGGAGGGAUUCAGUGGGGGUUGCCACACACAAGUCACAUGAUUUAUGGGAGGCUUGAGCUUAUUGAAAAAUAUAGUGGCCGAUCACAGGGUGUAGCAAUUGUCAUGUGACAAGUAAAAAAAGGCACUCUCCAUUUCCCCGUUUUUGGCCAAUUGGAGAAAGUGACAUCACUUGGCUGUGCCGUGAAUGUCAAAAAGCAGGGGGUGAUCUUAUGUAAAACGUCAGCCGUCAUUUAUGCACUUCUGUUUCUGAAAUGUUAAUGUCUGAGAUGCAUAUGUUGUUCAUUUGAGCUUAGCAGCAACUUUUGAACACAAACUUAAAACCACGUCUGAAACUAUUCUCUUAUGUUUUAACAAUGCAAAUGUUCAAUACAUUCAAACAUUUAUUGGGGUUUUUUUUUGUUGUUGGGAAAGUUUUGUUAGCUCGGGUGGACAGCACUGAAUUUGGUGCAUUCUGAAAUGAUGAGUAUGGCAGAAAGCUUCGUGGGCGCAGUGGUUUAGCUGCAACCUAAGUGAGUGACGAGCACGAAAAGACAGUGUGGGCGAGAGUCUGGGGAUAGGUAAGAAGGCAACAUAAAACAGGGACGCAGGGACAGGGGAAGGGAAGGGGGAUCACACAAGUGCAGCACAGUGUCUGUGGAGGUGAGGCAUCGUUUGAGAAGACUUUGAGCAAAGUGCGACCAAGUUUAAGGAGACCGGCGGUGUUUGUGAUGCUUAAGCGCACUGCUAGGCCUCUAACAUUGCGAAACAUUUGAUGAAUUUUCUUAAAUGGGACUACAAAAUUGCAA